GUCAUUAUCAGCUGUGUUUGUUUUGUUGUGAGAUGUGUAUUUAUCGUCGUUGGUAUUUAUAUAUAGAUGUAUUAUUUAUGUGCUAACCUGUUAUUUAUAAUUUAAAUGCUAUUGUUGAUCUGGUCAGUCCACUAAUCGUGAGUAUGACGACAGCCCUACAACAGCAGGUUUUUGCGUUGGAUGCACGGUAUAAUGCACAUAGGGCUCCACAGAGCCCAAAUUUUCGAACGUUGUACAUCAGAAGACGUAGUCAACUAUUGCGAGAAGCUAAUAGUAGAUCCACAGAAAAAUGGAAGCAGUAUUUGAAGAUACGUUCACAGCUCUUACAGCAGAGAUAUGGAAAUUUGAAACUAGAACACAGUUCAGUAAGUGGUAGUCUUGCUUCACUAGGAAACCAGUCAAAUGAAAAAUCUGGCAUUGGCUCUACACCCUCUGGAUCUGUGGUACCAACAAAAAAUGCAGAGGCCUCAAAAGCUCUUGUUGGUGGAACUACAAUUGGUGAAAACUAUGCAUUUGUUGGGGUUCAUCACAUUUUUGACCAGCAUACACAAGCAGUUACCAUGAUCAAAUUUGCUAAUAAUGAUAAGUCAAGGCUUUGCUGUUCGUCUCUAGAUCAUACUUUGUCCAUUUGUGAUGUCUCAAGUAACCCACCAUCUGUCAUUUCAAUUCUGAGAGGACAUACUAGUGCUGUUUCAGGCUUUGAUUGGUCUGUGAACAAUGACUCUAUAGUAAGCUGCUCUCUAGAUGGGACAGCAAAAGUAUGGAAGGUGGAGGACUAUAGUUGUUUGAGAACACUCAAUGAUCCAAAUAACGCACAAAUAUUGUGCUGUAUUUUUCAACCAACAAAUAAUAAUUUGAUACUAACAGGAAAUAAUAAAGGAGAGCUCAGAAUCGCAAAUGUGUCAACUGGAAGAUUUUUGAAAAAUGUUUGUAAAAUAGGUGGUCAAGUUUUGAGUAUUGCUUCGGACACUAAUGGUCAUGUUUUUUGGGUUGGCAAUGACAAGGGUGAAAUAUUUUCUGUAUUUUGUGAGCUUAAUGGCAGUUUGACCAGAACUAAGAAGAUCUCUUUGCCAACUUCUUGCUGGGUCACCAGUUUAAGUUACAGAGCUUGGAUAAGUCGGGAAGGAAGAAAUCCGCUUCUGCUUGUCAAUGCAACAGACAGUUCAGUCUAUAUUUUCAGUGUUCUCAACUAUGAAGGUUACUUAGGAUUGAAAAGGAAAUUUCAGAAUCGGCACCAGAGAUAUACAGUCAGAUCUACAUUUUGUCCAAUAAUGUCUUUUAGAGAAGGAGCGUGUGUUGUGACUGGUAGCGAAGACGGGUGCAUUUAUUUCAUCGAUAUUGAAAGGAUAGGCAGCAAGUCUGUUGUAAACACCCUACAAGGACAUUCUAGUGCUGUCCUUGGUAUUAGUUUUAACUAUGAUGAAUCUCUUCUUGCUACAAGUGAUCUACAGGGCUUAGUUAUUAUAUGGAAGAAGGGAAAUUUCUCUCAAAAAUAAAAUUGUUAAUCAAUUAUCAUCAACAAACUUAUGAAAUACCCCAUUAUUUAAUCUGUAUUAUUAUGCAUAAGAAUGUUGUCAGCAACAAAAAAUAUAUUGUUUUUAUUUAAAAACUAUUUGGAACGUUACUAUUUAAUACAUACUUUUUUAAUGAAA